GGGAUAAUGGCUUCACACAGCUCAACAGUCGUCCCCCCUCCAGUACAACUACUAGUCCUCUCCAGUCCGGCACCACUACUAGUCCUCUCCAGUUAUUCUCCUCGUCUUAUAUCUUCCAUCAUGACUAAGCUUACUGCCCUCUUCUUCAUCGCCGCUGCCACCAUGGCUACAAUCGGCUCCGCGGCCCCGGUUGCUACUUCGACACCCAUUACCGUCACCUCCAUCCCCACUUCCACUUCCGCCGUCGUCCCUUCCGCAGUCGCCACCGCUGACGUUACUACGUCCAAGAGCGACCCCGAGAUUACCGCCAACGACGCCUUCUCAUCAGCCGUGACACACUCGGGCAGAGCCACCUGGUUCGAAGGCUCUUACGGCGCUUGCAACAUUAACUGGAACGGCAAUUCAGAGCCUAUCGUCGCCCUGAACGCUCAUCAGAUGGGCGAACAGUCCUGGGGCAAUCCAGUCUGUGGUCGCAAGGUGCGCAUCACUAACACAGCCAACGGCAAGUCCGUCGUUGCUCGUAUCGUCGACAAGUGCCCCGGUGAUGAAUGCGCCUGGGGAUCCCUGGACCUCUCCCCCGCCGCGUUCAUAUCGCUUGGAGGAGAGCUGGCUAUGGGCGUCCUGAGCAUCAAGUGGAACUACAUCUAAAUGUUCCGUUUCUGAAAAUGAAACAAUUCUCGAGGCGAAGGUGGGAGGUUCAGAGCUGGUCUUUGAUACUCCUCCUAACCAACUCAUCAUACCACGUCUCCCCUCUUACCAUGCGGGUGGAUCCAUAGAAUCAUUACCUUAUACUCAAAAUAAAAGCCAAUUGACU